GAUCAACAUAAACAACGUGCACCUCGGACCAGGCGGUUGCGAUAAUCUGAACAAGACUUAAAAUUUGAGUUUAAUUUCAGGUUUUUAGUGUAAAAACAAAAAUUUCACAAUGAAACGCCUGUCGGAGGAAAAGACUAAGAUUCUGUUCGAGAAGCUGUCCAAAUACAUUGGACCGAACGUGAAACUGCUGAUUGACCGCGCCGACGGCACGUACUGCUUCCGGGAGAUGAACAUGCGCGUCUACUACAUGUCGGAGAAGAUUCUGAAGCUUGCGGAGGGUCUCAAGAAGCACCAGCUGGUGUCCGCCGGAACCUGCAUCGGCAAGUUCACCAAGGGCAACAAGUUCAUCCUGCACGUCACGGCGCUCAGCUAUCUGGCCCCGUACGCACAGUACAAAAUCUGGGCCAAACCGUCCACCGAGCAGCAGUUCCUGUACGGAAACCACAUCAACAAGACCGGUAUGGGACGGAUCACGGAAAAUACGCCCAUGUACCAGGGAGUGGUCGUGAUGUCCAUGAACGACAUUCCGCUCGGCUUCGGCGUUGCGGCCAAAUCGACGGCGGACUGCAAGCUGGCCGACCCACUGGUGACGGUGUGCUUCCACCAGGCGGACAUCGGGGAGUACAUUCGAAACGAGGAAUCGUUGAUUUGAGGGGGAAGUUUGAAUAAAUAUUUAAGUUUCGCUAAAAA